GGUUCGCCGUCGUCUCCGUCGUUGACCCCGUCGCUCGACCGGUCAUAGAGGGAGGCUGCCAUGGGAGAGCGCUCCCGAGGAGGAUGCGGAUCGGCGGCCGGAGGGAGAGCCCCCCACGACGAGGACGCGGAUCGGCGGGCGGAGGGAGAGGCCGCCCCGAUGAGGAUGCGGAUUGGUGGCCGGAUGGACAGCUCUUCCCGACGAGGUGAGUCAUCACUCCAUCGUGGAGGCACCUCCGCAGGAGCACACUGUGGCACCGGAGGUAGCUGGUGAUGGGAGCGCCUACCAUGGGCGAGCAGUGGCCAUGUCUGCUAUUUGCCUCUGUUUUCCCCUCUGUUUUAUCUAUUUUUUUGGAUUUGUUUAAUACAAGUGUUCGCUGAAAUUUCCCAGCCGUAAGACUGCCCCAAAAACUUACGUUCCUGCCAAAAUCCAUACUGCGGUUCAAGAUUCGCGGCCGCAGGUCGUGCGACUGGUAUUUACUGCCCCACGACGUGCGAGUGGCACUCUUUCAGUUUUCAAGGGGGGGCGGGAGGGGAUUCGCACCCGGCGGUUUCGCUUAUGGACUCGUCUCCAAGCUUCCGCCGGCGAGAAUCCGAGGACAAUGAGCCUUCUCCGAUGAGCUUUGUUGUGCCUGAUAAUGCGCCUCCUCUAACAUCUUUCUCGACGCCAUACCAUGGCGUUGGAACUUCGUCUGGCAGCGGCUCAAAUUUUCCGAUUGGCGGCAAGAACUCCACUGUGCGCCAUCCGGCGAUGCACACAUCCACGUUGACGCCGCCGUGUACUGUUGAACCAAGCGAGAUGAUGACUCCAGAUCCCAGCGCAAGAUACAUACAUGGUAACCAAGUCCGCGAAGAUUUUGUCCCAAAGGAAAAUAUGGCUUUCGUCACCGAUGAGGAAGGGUAUGAAUUUUAUCAAAAAUAUGCAAGAUCAGCAGGUUUUGGUAUUACCAAGCUCAAGCGGAAGCCGAUGUCGCGUCUGUAUGCAUGCUCCCGGGGAGGUGCCAGUACAUUUUACAAGCCUGGGGAGGAACGCAAACGUGCGAAAAUGUCCAAGAAGGUUAACUGUGGGGCAGCUGUUAAAAUCAAGAAAAGGGGGAAAGAAUGGAUAUAUGAGAAAGUGAUGUUGGAGCACAAUCAUACUCUGAAUCCUAAUCCAUCUGAAUUGAAGCACAUGUAUUCACAUAAGAACAAAGAUCCUCUUAUCAUGGAGGUUGUUGAUGAUCUGCAGACCUGUGACGUCUCUCCUAAUACAACAAUGAAUGUGUUGACCCAUUUUCAUGGCAACUAUGAGGUCAUGCCAAUGAAUGAUCAUGACUUGUGAAAUAGGUAAUUUUAUGACACUUCA